UCAAACGAAAACAGUCGGAGCUCAGAGAGACCGGAGCGCGCUGCCGCAGGAGACACCGCUGACGCACGGGACAAACUCACCGCAUCUGCCGCGAGCGCACACGGACAGUGACGUCGUGUCGUAACGAGAACGUAACGGAGAGACGUGACUCUGCAGAGAGCUCCACCAAAACAACAGCGCACCUCUGGACCAGGCUGAACCGGAGCUGAGAGAAAAAUGCCGUUUUCCGUGAACGGCAUCCUCUGCGCGCUCGUGCCGCUGCUGCUGUGGCGCGCGGAGCAGCGCGUGGAGGCGUGCAGCUGCGCGCCCGUGCACCCGCAACAGGCUUUCUGCAACGCGGAUGUAGUGAUCCGCGCGAAGGUGGUGGGAGAGAAAGAGGUGGAUUCUGGGAACGACAUUUACGGAAAUCCGAUCAAGAGGAUCCAGUACGAAGUGAAACAGAUCAAGAUGUUCAAAGGUCCGUCUCAGGACAUCGAGUCGGUUUUCACGGCUCCGGUCUCUGCCGUUUGCGGAGUCACUCUGGACGCCAGCGGGAAGAAGGAGUACCUCAUCUCAGGGAAGGCGGAGUCUGCGGGCAGUAUGCACGUGACUCUGUGUGAUUACAUCCAGCCCUGGGACUCCCUGAGCACCACACAGAAGAAGAGCCUCAGCCAACGCUACCAGAUGGGCUGUGAGUGUAAGAUCGUGCGCUGUCCGUCUCUGCCGUGUGAGAUCUCGGCCCCGGAGGAGUGUCUGUGGACGGACCUGAUGAUCGAGAAGCAGGUUUACGGACGCCAGGCCAAUCACUACGCCUGCGUGAAGCGCUCCGACGGAUCCUGCUCCUGGUACAGAGGAGUGGCCCCGCCCAAGAAGGACUUCCUGGACGCCGAGGACCCCUAGAGGCCCCCCCGCCGCACUGCAGCCCCACACACACACCCACACACGGACACUCCGACGUUAAGCCCCGCCUACAAAACCGACCACUCCGAGCCUUUAACCCCGUGUUUAAAGACGCACUGUGUAACUUUUUGCUUUUUCCUCAAAUGUUCUACAGUACGGUGUUUAUUUUUGGCACUUAUCUCCACACAAAUAAACUUAAUUAAACUAAAUUAAUUCUAA